GGAUCUGUUACUUCCUUUUCCAAAGCCUCUCUUACUUUCAACCAGAACUAAUAAAGAACUCAGGAAGAUUGAGAAUGAAGAGGGCUAUAUGGGUAUAGAUGCAAGAAGAAGAGAUUCAUACACAGCAACGGUUCCUACUGGAGACAAAGCUUUAAGGAACCAUCACUUCCUAUUUUGGAAAGCUUCUUAUUACAAAGAAGUUUUUGGACAUGGAUAAUAAGACAUACGAAACAGGACCUCCAAACAAAGUGUUGCCUCCUGAUCCACCUCCUCCUCAGCUCAAAGGUCCUCCUUCAUUUCCUAUGUGGCUCAAAAUUGUUCUUGGAAUGUCAUUCACAGCAAUCAUUGCUCUGAAGUGCAUUGUGGUCUUCAUGAUUCUUUCAGCUUCCCGGGUCCAUCCUGUGAAGAAUGAGGCACAAAAAGAGAUCCAGGCUUGCAUACAAAAAUGUUUUCCUUGUAGAUCAGCUAAAAAUUACACAACAGCAAAUCUGACUUUGGACCCAAAAACUGCCCAUCCACAACUUUACGUGUCAGAAGAUCUGAAGAGUGUGGAAUGGAGAAAUAUGGCACAGAAUGUCACCAGUACUAAAAUACGAUAUGACGUUUUGGCCAGUGUACUAAGCCAGGAAAGCUUCACUUCUGGGAAAAUCUGUUGGGAGGUCGAAGUGGUACAAGAUGGGCAUUGGUGGGCUGUGGGGGUUGCUGAUAAAUCUGUCCAGAGAAAAGGAAGCAUCUAUUUUGCUCCUCAAGCAGGGUAUUGGGCUGUCCAGCUUAUUGGUGGGCAGUAUGAGUCAAUCACUGAUCCUAAGAGGACAGUUUUGACCUUGCAUAAACAUCUCACUAAGAUCCAGGUUUUACUGGACUAUUCAGAAGGGCAGGUAGCAUUUUUUGAUGGUGAUACAGAUGCUGAGAUCUUCACUUUCCCCCAAACAACAUUUAAAGGAGAGAUCUAUGCAUUCUUCUUGGUACAUCAGUCAAAUGCGAAGCUCACGCUCCAUCCUUGAAACAAAGGGCUUCUUGUGGGCUUCUGAGAUUUACAGUCUGACUUUUUGUGUGUGUGUUAAUCGACAACUUUCUGGAAUAUUCCUUGGGCUCUCAUUUCAACAGAAUACAAGUCAUACAGAACACAAAACUGAGUGUCAAUCAAAACCCAAGCUCUAUAUAUCUUCAUUAAACCCAACACACACACUGCAGCCACAACCAGGAGAAAAA